AUGUCUGCCACACCUACGACCAGCGGUGGUAAUGACGGAAUCGUCAUUACAGGGGGCCAGAGCCAUAAGGAGCACCGAUCUCGUCGACUCCGGAAUUUUCUCUUGCCAGAUGGUAAAGAAGUCCAUAUUGCUCUCUCACACGAAGAAGCCGAAUCCCUCCGCAAGAGAUUAGAGGCUAUCAAAAAAGAUGAGCCCUUCGAACUAGUCAUCAGUGGCUCACCAGAACACCUAGAUGCGCUGAAAAGAGCCCACAGUCACCAUGAGCAAAGAAGGCAAUUUCUCAGAGACAGGCAUGGAGAGGCUUAUGAUGAGUUUGAGAAUGUCCGUGCUGAGUUGGAUGUUAUUGGGUCCGAGCUACACAUGUUGACCGAUCAUGCUGUGGCUUUGGAUGCCAACUUCUCAAAGUAUGGAUAUAGUGCUCAUCUGAGAACUUAUGAUGAAGACUCUCCCGAGUCGAGCGCUCGGUCUUCAAUAAGUGGAUUGCACGGCCCAGACCAUGAGAGCAAAGAUUGGGCUGCAGAAAGGACGAAUGGCAGCGUCAUGAAAAUCUAUAAGAAGCCUACUAUCAGGCAGUACUUUCAUAAAGGACUGCUCUGGAGGGCCAGUGGAUCUACCGAGACAGCUUCUUUUGAGUUGUUUGUCGAUCUUCUGUAUGUAGGCAUAAUUGCCAUCAACGGUGAUCACGCCGCGGAAGACCCAACUGGUGAUGAGCUCUUGAGAUUUGCAAUAACCUUCAUCAUGAGCUGGAAGAUUUGGAGCGACCUUGCUCUCAUCAUCAGUUGGUUCAAAACGGAUGAUAUUAUCCAGCGUGUAUCUGUAGUAUUCAUUAUGGCUUGUCUUGUUGGCCUGACGACCAAUAUGCUUGAUGCAUUUAAGUCAACCUACUCCCAACUAGUGGCCUUCUAUCUCACUGCUCGAUUGUUCUUGGGAUCUUACUGUCUGACUCUCUCAUUCUUGGUCCCCAUGGUACGAGGAAUGAUGGUAGUACAAGCCAUCAUAACUUUGAUUCCAGGCGCUCUUUGGAUUGCCAGCAUUCAUGUCGCAAUGCCUGACCGGCUCGCCUUGAUUUGGAUUGCAAUUUUUCUGGAUUUAUGCCUGUCGAUUUUUGUCCUCCUUCUUAUACGAUGGGCCAAAUGUAUCUCCAGUUCUCUGGGGGAAUGGGUCGGCAAAGUAUUCGACUUCUACCCCGCCGUUAAUAUUGAGCACAGGACUGCGCGCACAGACGCUUUCGUCACCAUGGUGUUUGGUUAUUCUGUUGUAGCUAUCCUAUAUCAGAAUGCCGCUUCGUUUGGGCUGAACGCCUUCUUUGGGAAGGCUGUGCUUGGGCUUCUCCAGGCGUUCUGCUUUAACUGGAUAUAUUUCGAGCUUGAUAGUGCAGACCUUUUUCAGCAUGCAAUUCGCCGGAGUAUGGUUGCUGCAUCGGCCUGGUCCGCCGCUCACCUCCCGUUCAUUAUGAGUUUCGUUAUUGGGGGCGCGGCGAUAUCGAAAUUAGUCCUCGCCACGGACUGUGACGAUACCAAACUCAAAGAUCUGACAGAGACAUACCAGGAGAAAUCCGACGCAGAUAUUCCUGUUGGCCUUCGUUGGUUCUAUUGCGCAGGCUUUGGUAUAGCAUUAGCGUGCAUGAGCGUUAUAUCAGUCUGUCAUAUCCAUAAAGAUACCACAAAUGUUCAGAUCCGCCUCAGGAAACGGUAUCGGACGGCCAACCGGCUAGGGGUCUCCAUCAUCAUGCUCUGUCUCCCCACUGCGCACAGCCUCAACUCGCUCCAUCUCAUCUCCAUCAUGACAGGAUUAAUACUUUGGGUCCUGGUGUUGGAAUUGUGGGGGAAAACGGCGUGCAGAUACACGGCUACAUGUAAGAUCUCGAAGAAGGAGUUGCAGUCUGCUGCUAAGACGGGACAUAUGAUUAAUGUACAAGAUCUCAGCGAAAGGGGAGAAAAGGGUAUGUACGAAUUGAGUUAG